AUGCGACAGAAAAGAGAGGGGGUGGUGCCCCAAAGGCUUCCCCUCUGGGGUCAUCUUGAGCUUUGCUUCAAUCCAAAGCCACUCCCUUCCGCCUCAGGACUUCUAGUUCUUUCUCUCUCGCCCCCAAGCACCACCAUUACAGCUGAAUCUUGUGAAAUCUCUCUACGUACUCUUAACCACCAAAGACUCCAGGCCUGGGCUCCUCAAGCUUUUGCGCAGCAGACAGCUGCCUCUGCACUCUGGCUUCGCCCGGUCACCCCCGCCCAGGUCUCUCCGAGCUCCGACGCUCGCCGCACACUACGUGACUCCCGGUGGCCGCACAUCUGCGGCGACUUUUGGGAAAUGGAUGGUCGGGGGUCUAACCCCCGCACCCGGGUCCCGCGCGGCCCCAAAGGACGGGGGACCCUCUUUCUCUCCGGGGCGCUGCUGGUUUUCUUUGAGCACCCGGGGUGCCCUCCGCGAACGAAGGACCUGUCCCAGCCCUUGAGAGCUUGGCGUCGCCUGCCAAGACCCCCACCAGACACACAGACACACAAACACACACACACACACCCCAAGGCUUCCUGUCUCAGUUUCCGGCCGCCCACCGGGAACCCACAACCGCAGCCCUGCGAACCCCUGCACCGGCGAACCUCCCCUCGCCGCACCCCAAACAAGCAGGGCCGGCAGCUGCAGGCAUCCGGGUGGGUGGUAAACGGAAGCAGAGGAAGCAGGGGUCAUCAAGGGGCUGGAGGAACUGGAGACACCAGCCAAAGGCGAGGCGCUGGGGCGCUAAGCACGCAGGGGCUGGGGUGGCGCGGGCCAAGGCUGCCCCGCGGCCGGAGCGCCCACCGUUCUGAGCGUGACUCGGCCACCUUCCUGUUCCAGGUGCUCUUGACUAGUGCCGUCCGCGAGCCAAGGACCUUUCCCAGCCCCAGAGAGCCUGGCGUCACCUCCGCCCCGCCCCACACCACCCCAAGUCUUCCAGCCCCACUUUCCGGCCGCCCACCCGGAGCGCACAGCCCCAGUCCUGCGAGCCGCCGCACCAGCGCGCCUUCCCCUCGCUGCACCCCUAACAAGCAGGGGAGGGUGCUGGGCGCCACCGCGUUCCUACUUACCCGCUGCCCAUCCCGGCCUCCUCGCUGUACUCACCGAAAACUCGUGGAGCCUGGGACGAGACUGCACCUCAUCCUCAAGAGACCGCCGGGGAGAAGGAGUCACCCCAGCCACCGAGGAAAAACACGGCUGAGCCAUAGCUUCAGUCUCCAGGGCUGCCCAAAGAAGCCUAAGGAAGCAGUGUGUCUGGGCUCAGAAGGUAAAAUGUUCCAGGCCUCUUGGGGUGUCAAAAAUCAACAAAGGGCAGAAUGGUGGGGAACUGGACCAUCCUAGACGAUAUUUGAUGCAGAGGUGUGGGUUUGACCCCAGGCCCGGUGCAGUGUGUUAAAGGAUCGCAGCACCAGGUCCAGUGGUGGCUCGCAAUAAAAACCACAAUGAGUGAGCCUUUUAAAAUAUCAAACAUCUGUUGUUUCCUGUCAGAUAAGUUAUAAUUAUAUGAACCAUUUUGGAAAAUAACAUAUGUAGUUUGUAACCAAGUGCUGCUAUAAUUUCAAAAAGUACUUCUUCAUGUUUUUGUCAUGGCAUAUAUAUAGCACCUGGAAAUAUUUGGCACCUAGGAUAAAGUUGAGGGUCGAGGAGAAGUUUGUAGCGCAUGGUUUUAAAAAUCAUUACCUUUUAGUAGUAUUAUUAUUAUGAUAAGUUGAUUAAUAUGAUUAUUAUGAUAAAACACAGUGUACAAGAAAAUGGUAAAUAUUGAAUGGCAUACAAUGUCCAGGUACAACACUUUCAGACUUUUGAUAAACUUGAGGGUUUUUAAUAUCAGUGAGGGUUUUCUAAUAUCAGCGUGGUUAUAUUAUGACUCAUUCUUAUUGGUAGAGUAAAAAACAAAAACAAAAAACUUGAGUUCACUGAAAAGAACUGAAUUCACUGUGCAAUACUUCUUUUGAAGCCAGGAACUGUAUUAUAAGACCAUAAUUCUUGAUGUUUCUUAACAUUCCAGAAUUAGCCAUGUUGCAUUCAUGUUUCAGAAUGUAUCCACUUUACCCUGGCAAGAUCUGGGGGCUGGGAUCCAGCAAAGCCUUGUUGUUUACCAGGAUUGAUUGUCUUCAACAGAAGAAAAAACUCUGCACUAGCACAAAUUUAAAAAGGAUGGAGAAAGGGAACAUUUCCCAACUCAUUUCUGAGACUAAAAUUACUCUGACACGAAACCUAAAAGCGAUUUUUCAAAAAGAAAAACCACAGGCUAAUCUCAUUUAUGAACAGUAAUGCAAAUAUGCAAGUAUUCUGAGUGAAAUAUUAGGAAAGUGAAACCAUAUAUAUAUGAAAUGAUGGGUAGGUAGAUGAUAGAUAGGUCGAUAGAUAAAUAGAUAAUUAAGACCAAAUUGGGUGUAUCUUAGGGACAAAUUGACCAGUGUAACUCCAUGCAUAAAAAGUAUGAAAGACAAAAAAGAAAGUAUGAAAGACAAAACUCAACAGAUAUUAUAAAACAUUCUAUGGGAGCUUUCUGGAGGUGAAGUGAGUUAAGGAUAUGUUGUCACUGCUGUGGAGAGGGCUCAAUCCCUGGCCUGGGAAACUUCAGCAUACUGACAGCAUGGGAAAAAAAUUACAAAUAUUCAGUAUUCACUCAUGCUAAUUUUUUUAAUCCACUCAUAAGGAUCUUGCCAUCUACCCCUGGAUCCAGCCUCUAAGUUAAUCUGUCCAACAAGAAUCAAAAGAUUUUAGUUAUAUGUAAAAUAUCAUAGACUUGAAGUCCCGCAGUAAUUUCCAGUAACAAAAAGAUAACUGGGAGUUCCCGUCGUGGCUCAGUGGUUAAUGAAUCCAACUAGGAAC